AUCACCUUCAUUUGCGCGAUUUUGAACACCGACAGUGGUAGUGCCGCUCUGCAUUCUUCAAGAAUUAGGGCUUCGAUUUACUUCGUAUACAUAGUUAAUUGAAGUUAUUGAAUGCAGAUCAAAGUUAUUGAACGCAGAUCUCAAUUGAUUAUUGAGCCAAGAGACUGAUAAAUGAAGCUCUUACAGUUGGCAUUCAUUGUUGCUUUAGCAUCUGGAUUUGCAGCUAUUCUCAUCUACAUCACCGGUGUUUCUAAUCUAAACGGGACAUUCAACAUUUCGGACGAGGAAAUCGAAGCGUUGCAAUCGUUGCAAAAUGGAUUUGAAAAGUGUGUGAGGGCCAACGGAUUAGGGCUACAAGCUAUCAGUGAUAGAGACUACUGCAAAGUUACACUACAGUAUCCAAGUGACACCAUCCCUAAAUGGAAAGAUCCCAAAACUGGAAAUCUAGAGGGCUUAUCUUUUGAGUUUAAUCUGUGUGAAGCAGUUGCCACAUGGGAGCAGGUGCGGAAUAGUACCACCAUUCUCACCAAGGAGUUCAUUGAUGCUUUACCUAACGGAUGGGAAGAUUAUGCAUGGAGGAGGAUUAAUAAAGGAAUACAUCUUAACAACUGUGCAAAUAAAACUCUGUGCAUGGAGAAACUUUCUUUGGUACUACCUGAAACACCACCAUAUGUUCCACGUCAGUUUGGCCGCUGUGCAGUUAUUGGUAACUCAGGGGAUCUGUUAAAAACAAAGUUUGGGAAGGAGAUUGAUAGUUAUGAUGCUGUUUUAAGGGAAAAUGGUGCACCAAUUCAGAAUUACACUGAUCAUGUGGGUAAAAAAAGUACAUUUCGUCUGCUCAAUAGGGGUUCUGCCAAAGCUCUGGAUAAAGUUGCUGAGUUAUAUGAAACUGGAAAAGAGGUACUGAUCGUCAAAACUACAAUCCACGAUAUCAUGAACAAAAUGAUUCGGGAAGUUCCAAUUCUCAAUCCCAUAUAUCUCAUGUUAGGUGCAUCUUUCGGUUCAGCAGCAAAAGGAACUGGGCUCAAGGCUCUUGAAUUUGCUCUGUCAAUAUGUGAUACUGUUGACAUGUAUGGAUUUACAGUCGAUCCAGGCUAUAAAGAGUGGACGAGAUAUUUCUCAGAGUCUCGACAAGGUCAUACCCCGUUGCAGGGUAGGGCUUACUACCAGAUGAUGGAGUGUUUGGGACUUAUCAAAAUUCAUUCUCCGAUGCGAGCUGAUCCUAACCGUGUCGUGAAAUGGGUGCCAAGCCGCAGCACAAUCACUGCUACUAGACUUGCAUCCGAGAAAAUGCUAAGGAGGGUUGCAGGAGGCUCUGAUGAUCCACUGGCUUCUUGUUCCAUCAUCAAGAAGAAACUUCACAAGAGCCAAUUUUCAGGCCUCAGAAAGGCUGCUGUUGAUCAUCAAAAAUAUGUGAAAGAGACCACAAUGUACCCUUUGGAGCAUAGUCUUGGACAUAGUCAACUCUGUACCGUGUCGAAUAGCUGAACUAACGAACACCCAUCGAAUUCAUCAUCUCCAUAUACAGAAAGUUGGAAGAACGAAUUAUGAACACUUUUUCUGCAGGCAAUAGCGUAGGCUUAACGGAAUACUCUUCUUCAAUACUGUUGAUCACACCUCGAGGCGGUUUUGGCUUCAUUUAACACUUGUAAAGAAGUCGAAAUAUCAAUUGGUCGUUGUGUACGUAAUCCGAAGAAUCGGAAGGAGCGCGUGGGUUCACAUUAUUCUUGUAACAUCA